CAGAUCUUCCGGGUAACGGCUGCAGGUAUGGCUGGGCCCAGGCCAGUUGUGCUGACCGGACCCUCCGGAGCAGGAAAAAGUACCCUCCUGAAGAUGCUCAUGAGAGAAUAUGAAGGACUAUUUGGCUUUUCAGUUUCUCAUACCACAAGAAAGCCCCGGCCUGGGGAAGUUCAUGGUAAAGAUUAUCACUUUGUGACUCUCGAGGACAUGAAGAAGGGAGUAGAGAGAGGGGACUUUAUAGAACAUGCAGUGUUUUCUGGCAACAUGUAUGGGACCAGUACAGCAGCCGUGCAGGCCGUCCAGGCCAAUAAUCAGAUCUGUAUACUGGACAUCGACAUGCAGGGAGUGAAGAGCAUCAAGAAGACCCGUCUGAAUCCCAUUUACAUCUCCAUUCACCCUCCGUCCGUUCAGAUAUUAGAAAAGCGGCUGCGAGACAGAAAUACAGAGUCAGAGGAAAGUUUACAGAAGAGACUGAACGCGGCCAUCGAAGACCUGGAGAUCAGCAAAGAGCCGGGCCUGUUUGAUGCCAUUAUUGUUAAUGAUGAUUUAGAAGAGGCAUACACUAAACUGAAGGGGAUUCUGGGAGAAGAGAUAAAACAAACCCAAAGCGGCAAGAAUUCCUGACUAAAGCACAAUCCGCUUCCCAUGGCUCCUCCCAUUCCCACAAGCAUUCCUGGCGGCAUGUCUCCUGCACAAGGUGUCCGUCCAUUUCCCUUUUUUAGAGCGUCAGCUCAUGGGAAUAUAAAUGUAGGACAUCCCCCUAUCGGCAAGUUCUGUUGACUCUUUAUACCAGUAAAGCAAAUGUCGGAACCAGUAUUCCAUAUCAGCCAGUUAAUAAAACCUAUUGCUUACUGGUAUAGGUAUAGGACCUGUUAUCCAGAAUGCUCGGGACCUGGGGGUUUCCAGAUAAUAGAUAUUUUUGUAAUUUGGAUCUUCAUACCUUAAGUCUACUAGAAAAUCAUAUAAACAUUAAAUAACCCCAAUAGGCUGGUUUUGCCUCCAAUAAGGAUUAAUUAUAUCUUAGUUGGGAUCAAAUACAAGUUACUGUUUUAUUAUUACACAGAAAAAGGAAAUCAUUUCUUAAUUUUUUUUUUGAUAAAAUGGAGUCUAUGGAGACAGCCUUUAUGUAAUUCGAGCUUUCAGGAUAACGGGUUUCUGGAUAAUGGAUCCCAUACCUGUACUGUGAUUACUGGGCCCGACCAGAUGUCUCUGAUGUUACUAUAUAAGUGGCAGUGUCUCUCCUGUGUAUAAGUGCAGGGCCACUCUCAAGUCUUCCAUAUGUCCCUCCUGUAGUUUCCUGAUUGUUUGCAAAGGAAAUGGCUGGACCACUCCCACCAUAGGAGGGACAAUAACAAAUCUUUUGUACUAUUAUUAGCACAAUGAAAUCUGUUCAACCAGCAGAUUGUGUCCUAAUUGGUGCAAUGAUAUUAAUCUACAUAGUAAAUAACCAGCACCAUCUGACACAGGCCUCUCCGCUCUGAGCCUUUUUACAAUUAUUCUUCACUUACCAAGCUUUAAAAAGUCAGGGACUUUAUUUUACUUACAUAUAAGGUAUCCGUUCCUUUAAAAAAAAAGAGGCUCCUGUUUGCUCCAGUAACUUAGUUGGUCAGACUCACUUUAAUCCAAAGCCUUCUGACAGUGUGGGAAGGUGAGGUCGGUGCUUUUCUCGCAGAAACAAAACUUAAAGGAACAGUAACUCUAAAAAAUACGUGUUUUAAGGUAAUAAAUAUAUAAUGUACUGUUUCCCUGCACUGGUACAACUGGUGUGAUUGCUUCAGAAACACUACUAUAGUUUAUAUAAACUGGCUACACAGCAGCUUGUUUAUAUAAACUAUAGUAGUACUUAUCUGUUAUCUACUGUGUAUCCUGUGCUUGAAUGGCUGCCCCCAUGGCUACACAGCAGCUUGUUUAUAUAAACUAUAGUAGUACUUAUCUGUUAUCUACUGUGUAUCCUGUGCUUGAAUGGCUGCCCCCAUGGCUACACAGCAGCUUGUUUAUAUAAACUAUAGUAGAGUUUCUAAAGCAAACUCAUCGGUUUUAUCAGUGCAGGGCAACACUCCAUUAUAUUGUCAUUCCUUUUAAAUACUUAGAUUUUAUUUGGUGUUACUGUUGCUUUAAUUUGAGAGCAUUUCCCCAUUGACCCCACCCCCACUGAGACCCAGGAGAGGCAGGUAAGUGAUGACUACAAUUCCUCCACUCCUGGGUGGGGUAAAUGGGCGAGGCCUUUAGGGGGGUUCCUAUACAGUAUAUAGGUGGGUUUUGUUUUUGCAGAUUGUUAUACGAUAUACCAUGUGACAGACAAUUAUGGGCGGGGCUUAUUGGUAUAUACAAGAUGCUCCUAAUACCUGGUGCUUUGCUUAUAGAGUGUCUGUUUAUACCCUGUGAUAUUCAGUAGUACAAUAAAUAAAUAUAUAUAUAUAUAUAAAUGUCGGGGUAGUUCCCAACUCAUGCCUUUAGCAAAACUCAUAACAAUGACGCUUCAGGGGAAGUAAAUACUCGUUAGACCAAUUAUGCAAAUGAUAUAUUUCUAUUGUUUAACCUACAGUAAGUGGAUAAUGUUGCGUGAAACUAUUUCACCAAUAAAAUAGUAAAACUUUU